AAUGGCUUCCUUGUAGUAAAUUCGAGUUUUUGCCGAAAAAUCCUCUUUAAACUUAAAAUUUAACUAAGCAUUCAGUUUAUUAUAUCAAAACAAUAAAAAAGAAAGCGAAAUAUGGGGAAGAAAAAGACGAAAGAGCCUGAAGCUCCUCCAAAAGACGAGUUUGACCCAUUGGAACUCGUGAGCAAGAAGCCCCACACGGUCGUGUUAAUGCUUGAUUCCCCUGAGGAAAAUGUCCAGCAACUAUCCUGUGAAGCCUUGUACAAGUUCUCUGAAAAAUGUGAUGAAAAUCGUCAGCUCUUAUUGACGCUUGGUGCACUGGACCCCCUUCUAAGACUUGUUGCGUCAGAAGACAAAGUUGUACGUCGAAAUGCAGCCAUGUGUCUGGGCACACUGACACACAAUGUUGCUGUUCAUCGAGAACUAAGGAAGAUGUCUUGUGUCACGCCAUUGGUCACACUACUUGGUCCUGAGGAGGAUGUCCUUUGUCAUGAGUUUGCAACCUUAGCACUUGCCAACAUGUCAGCGGAUUUCUCAAGCAAAAUUGAGAUAUUUGAACAAGGGGGACUGGAACCUUUAAUAAGGCUGUUAGCAUCACCUGACUGUGAUGUUCAGAAAAAUGCAGUGGAGUCUAUUUGUCAUCUUGUUCAAGACCAUCAUAGUAGAUCAGCCAUCAGAGAGCUAAAUGGGAUUUCACCUUUACUCAACCUGUUCAGCUCUGAGUAUGCUAUAAUACAACAGCUUGCCUUGGAGAGUCUGGCUCAUAUUACAGUGGAUGCUGAGAACCGAACAGCUCUUCGUGAUCUUGAAGGCCUUGAAAAACUGGUUGACUUCGUGGGGAAUAAGGAAUUUGACGACCUACAUGUUCAUGCUCUGAAGGUUCUCUCCAACUGUUUACAAGAUGUGGAAAGCAUGCAGGUCAUCCAGACAUCAGGUGCUUUGCAGAAACUUUUAGCMUUUGUUGGUGAAUCUCAAAUCCCUGAAGUUCAACAACAUGCGGCCAAGGCGAUUGCAUUAGCUGCAAAAAAUAGUGAAAACAGAAAAAUCCUUCAUGAGCAGGAGUGCGAGAAGACUCUGAUAUCAUUACUGACAACUGAUAACCCAGGCUUACAGAUGUCUCUGGCAACAGCAUUAGCAGUGAUAUCUGAAAACCUUAGCAGCAGAGAAACCAUUGGGAAGCUUGAUGGUGUACAACCUCUUAUCAACUUAUUGAGUAACGAGUCACCUGAGGUGCGGGAAGCAGCAACUCUUGCUUUGGCAAAUAUCACAACGUCAAACCAGAAUAACUGCAGUUUGGUUGUUGAGAAAGGUGGUAUAGAUCCUUUGAUUGGKUUGCUCAUUGACAGCAAGAUWCCUGUACAAUCAAAUGCUGCUGUCUGCUUGACAAAUCUCUCUGCUGAUGAAUAUUGGAGGAUGGAAGCUCAACAACGGGGUAUUAUACCUGCUCUUGUUCAAGCUCUGCAGUCUAAUGCUGCAGUGGUACAGAGUAAAGUAGCCAUGGCAGUUGCUGCUUUUGUAGGCGAUGCAGAGUCAAGAAACGAAUUUCGAGCAGAGAGUGGAAUACCAAGGCUUAUUGAACUAUUGCGUUCCAAUAACGAUGAAGUGCGGCGAAGUGCAUCAUGGGCUAUCCUGCAAUGUGCUAAUGAUCURCCGACAGCAACAGAAAUAUGUCGACUGGGGGGUCUUGAAGUCCUGGGCGAGAUAUCAGUCUCUUCCACUCGGCAGUCAGGGUUCGCCUCAGUUGCCAUGGAAACUCUCCUUGAUAGUAACUUACCCGCCAAGUACGCGUUGACAGGCAGCCUGACGUCAAACAACAUAAUACAAGACGAGUUCUACGAUGCAGGGCCGAUGAAACCCGAAGUCCGAUUUUUAACACUCGAGGAGAUGUUUAAACAACCAGUCAACGAGCACCGACCAAUCCUUCUGGUUAACUCUAAAGAUCGUGAAAGAGCGCCAUCUACACCUUUACCGACCAUUGUCCAACCAGAGAAAGUGAUUCAGCCUGAAAAGAUAGUYGGCGGAAAAAGCAAAACAAAUCUGAAAAGUAAAAGUCGUACCAURCGCGUCGAAAAAGAAGAACAAAAAUCUAAAGAAGAGGAGGUACCACCAGAAACCUCCGCCUCGCCCCCAGCCCCUCCUCCUUGGUAUCCUCCCUGGGAUCCAAUCUUCCACGGUUACAUUGAGGAAGUCAAAGCUACCAUCCAACCCUUACUCAGCUCAAGUGAUCAGGUGGUUGCGCUGGCAAGGUUCGUCAGCGAUAAGAUGGGAGGYCCUGUAGAACGUGACGCAUUGUCGUCCUUUAGUUACGAGCUGCCYAUCAGUCAACUCAAGGUCGAACUUCAGUCUAAUAUCGUCCCUAUUGGUCGGAUUACAACGGGUAUUUUCUACCACAGAGCGUUGCUUUUUAAAGCUCUUGCUGAUCGUAUUGCUGUAGGGUGUUCUCUUGUCCGUGGAGACUACAAUAGAGCCUGGAACGAGGUCAUGCUCUGCGAGGAUACUAAGGAUGGAGGUCCGGUUUUGCCUCCCAAGAUGUACAUCGUCGACUUAAUGCACGAACCAGGGCGAUUAAUGCUGGGUGGGUCCCCAGAAAGCAUUGCCUAUCAGCGACUUUGAACAGGGAAUUAUUUAUAGAAUUAAUAGUUUGAUAAUCUUGUAUAAUAUCUCCUAAAGGUCAUAUAUUAGUGAUCUCCUUUUAUAGAAUUUUGUUGAAUAUUCGACUUGUAUAUAUAACUAGAAAACUAGUGCCCUUUUUACCGAUUAAUAAAACUGAAAAUGUUGAAAAAA